AUGCUGUCCUGGAAAACGUUCUCGCUGGUCGUCGCGGCCGUCAUCGCCAUGAACGGAGUCGUGGGUCUGGAGCAGGGCUACGGAGGCGGCAUCCAGACCACCGCGCCGUCAACCGAUUCGUCCAGUGACUCGCCCAUCCAGUCGCCGAGUCAGACGACAGCUACGGCCGUUGUGACCACCGCCCCGCCCACGUCAACGGGAGGCUCCACGGCCGAGCAGAGCGGCAGUGAGGACUACUCGCAGUCGACCGACAGCACCACUGGAAGCGAAGUGGAAGGCUCGUCGAGCACCAUCGAGGACAGCGACUCUGACACUGGAAGCCAAGUGGAGAGCUCGUCGACGAGUGAUGAAGGGAGCGACGGCUACCCCGGCGAGACUCCGAGCCCGGACAGCAGCUACGGCAACAGCUUGAGCUGGGACGGCUCGUCCAUUACGGGAGGCAGCGAGUCCUUCUCGGGUGGCAAGGUGGCCAGCGGUGACGGCAGCAUCGUCUACGUCGACGCGCCGUCGGAUACGGGCGACAGCAGCGAAGGUGGAUACCCGAGCAAGGGCGGGUACCACCCGCCCAGCGGUAGCGGCAGUGUCGAUGUUCCUCCUCCGAGUGACGUCGGUAGCGGCGGCAGUGCUGGAACUCCUCCCGGCAAGGGAGGCGUCUACCCUCCUUCAAGCGGCCCCGGCAGCGACAGGGACGCCUCCACGGACGAUGACAGCGUCGCGGGUGAAGCUUCGAUGGCUGGCGACGAUGACCAGAUCCCUCCCAAGGGUGGGUGCCAAGUUCGUCGUCUCCGUCACUAA